CAUUACAGUGCUGGUAUUACGAUGAUUCUCAAUGCACGGGGGUGUAUGAGGCCUUCGCCAGGUUGCACUGCCCGCUGCGAUGCGGAUUUUGCCCAGGAAAAUCGCCACCAUGUGAAGAUUUGAUUCCUGACUGCGCAGAUUUUGGUCAACAGGUGUGUGGAGAUCAGGCGUAUCAGGGUUACCUGCGGAAAAACUGUCGUAAAUUCUGCGGUUAUUGCACAGUUUCUAUGACAACCCAAAAAACUACACCAGCCCCGAUCUCAACAACACCUGCUUCAACAAUAGAUUGCCAAGACGUGCGUAGCGAUUGCCGGAACCACUUACAUGCCUGUGAGGGGGUGUUCCAAACAUGGGCCAUGACAAACUGCGCGCGUACUUGUGGAUAUUGUUACAAUUCUCCACUAUGCGAGGACACGGCGGACUGCGUUCACCUGCCCUCUACUGUUUGUACAGAUCCAGAUCUUCAGGACUUCGCCAUGACGUCAUGCAGGAAAUUCUGCAGAUUUUGUAACAAUGAUACGACACACUCCGUGAAGAUGACGACACAAUUUGUUCCCACGACAACACCCAGUGCGUCAAUGACAUCGUCAUUUACCAUGAAAAUUCCUAAAACUGCAAUUCCAUAGACCCGUUCAU